GGCAGUUGGCGCCAGAUCCUAGCGCUGCCUCACGGAGAUCGAUCCAACUGCAGAGCACCUGAAGAGAAGCACGCUCUUCUUUCAAUGGCGACCAAAUGACACAGACACCCGACUGCCGGAUAUGCGGCACAUGCUGUGAGGGGUCCAAAUGUGGGCUGUCCUUGUCCUGACAGUGAUGGGUAUCCAGGUUGCAUCUCCCUUUCAAAUUGGAGCCUCAGACAACAAGUUUCUCGGGUUCUCAGACAAACAGAUCUUAGAUUACCUACUUGACAAAAGUAGAUACGACAAGCGUAUGCGCCCCAUAGAUUUCACUGUCGUGAAUGUCACUGUCUUGUUAUUAACCCUCUCCUCCCCAGAUGAAUCUAGUUUAAAAUACGAAGUGGAAUUCCUGAUGCAUCAGAAAUGGUACGACCCCCGGCUCAAAUUCGACGACGCAGGAACACAUCGGUACCUGAAUGGGCUGUUACACACAGAUAACAUCUGGCUCCCGGACACCUACUUUAUUAAACAUGGAGAAUUUAAGUACCCGCUUAUCCCUAUACACAUAGCGCUCAGGAUCUAUCCCAACGGCUCUGUGAUAUAUUCGAUGAGGAGAAGUAUGGUUUUGAACUGCCAGGGUAACCUCCACAUUUUUCCUUUCGACAAUCUCAAGUGUCCCUUCGCGUUAGAAAGUGUGUCCCAUGAAAAUACAGAAGUGGAACUUCGAUGGUCAAAAACGGAGCAAGCGAUAAGAGGAGCAACCUCUUUACGACAGCAGAACGCUUAUCUCGUCAAAAACGUUACAGGGGAGUGCAUCCGACAGCAUACGUGGAGAGAUAGCUACAGCUGCUUAAACGUUCUAUUAGUUUUCACGCGGGACAAGUCUUUCUAUAUCAGCACAGUUUUCGUUCCGGGUGUUGUCCUGGUGACCAGCUCCUUCAUCAGUUUCUGGCUGGACAUAAAUGCUGUGCCGGCUAGGGUGAUGAUAGGCGUGACCACCAUGUUGAACUUUUGCACUACUACCAACGGCUUCCGCUCCACUCUGCCAGUCGUGUCCAACUUAACGGCCAUGAAUCUGUGGGACGGAGUGUGCAUGUUUUUCAUUUACGCCUCUAUGCUGGAAUUCAUCAUCGUCAAUUAUUUGUACCGGAAACUGCCUGGAGCUUCCAGCAGCCGCCCCGUAUCGGCGCCGGUGCCUGAAUCCCUGAAGAACCCGUCCCUUGCCCAGACCAACAGUCGCCGAGUGUUCUCCGACACCAACGUCCAGCAGCCAACCCAGACGCCCGCCACAACCCCGAACGCCGUCCCCGAGCACCCUUCCGCCCUCAACCACCGGCUGCAGAGUGACAAGGCUAGGGCCGCGGCCUCAGUCUUCGCCUGGUUGAGACGUCCUCAACUUUUUGUCACUCCUGACACGCGCAACAGGCAAAGACUGGCCAAACAGAUCGACAAUGUCUCGAAAGCCGUCUUCCCGCUGCUCUUUGGCAUCUUCACCGUCGGCUUCGUCCUCACCUUUGCCGUCAUCAAGCCGUCGCAGGAGGAGAACUUCACGCUACUCUAGCAAGCAGAACAAACCUAUUAGUGGCCUUUCUUCCCAUCGCACGUCGCUUUGUACACAUUUCUGUUUCAUCCUUCCGUCAUGCUUUCUGUUGUCCUUCAAGCUGGAGCAUAUUUUGCCACAAAGUUAUAACCAAAAGGCAUCACUAAAGUAAUAAGGAUUACAAAGCCAUAAACCAUUCAUUACAGCACGAGUUUUACACUCUCUGUCAAAUUACAGAACAUUGACAAAAUAAUUUUAUUUUACUCAUUUUUUUUCAAAAAAAAAAGUUUUGAGAUAUAAUUUCCGAUAAUUUUUAUUAAAGAUUUUCAUAGUUAACUUCCUUAACUAUUUGACUGCAAACAAUUAAAAUGAAUCAAAUUUAAUGCAAUGCAUUUUUAAUACGUAACAAGCCUCAUAUGAAACGCUAAACUUGAGAUAAGAAGAAAUUUUGCCUUUUGUGACGCAUUUUGAUCUAUUUCGUUGGUUAUUAACAAAUUAGUUAUUACACUGUGCACUUCAAGAGAACUAACUUUAGGUCUCAAAAUCAUUUAAUGAUAUUAAUUGAUUCAAAUCGCAUUAUACCCUACGUUAUCUAUAAUAUGAAAUCGAAAAAAUAUGAAUAGAAUAAACGAUUUGAUAUAGUAAAAAACAAAAAGCAUUUUAAGUAGGUAAUGUUGAUUAUGAAGAGAUACUUAAAAACAUACUAGGCAAGGCUUUACAGAAAAUAAAAUAAGAUGCAUAUGAUAACGUAAAAAUUGUAAAAUAACAAAAAACUUCUUCAGUCACCUUUUUCUUCCAUUUUUUUUCUCGCCAUCUUAAAACACACUUUUCAGUUUCAAUCUACAUUAAUACUUAAUAAACACAGUUUAAUGGAUAAUUUAACAAAUAUAAAUAGCACAUAAUUUCGAUUUUCAGUCACCUUAAAAAAAUUAAAAGUAUUGCUGAAUUGUUCAACAAAACACGAUUUUGAGACCUACGUUAGCGAUUUUAUAUUUUCAAAAACUGAAUGUUUUCUAGUCAGCAUAAUAUUUUGACUAUUUGUCAACCUUCCUUCCAUUCUUAAAUAACUCCGAAAGAAGUAACAUCUUUUCGUCGAAAAUGCUGUAUUUGUUUAUGUGAUCAUUACGUACUUUAUUUUCUCAAGUUUUCGAAUACCUGCACUCGGGAGAAAUCAGCUAAAUCAAUUUUAAUCUAUAUAUAUUCAAAAAUACUUUGUGAAACGUCAGGGCAAAACCAUCCUACUCCAGAAUGCAAGAUGCAAAUGCAUGAUGGCCGCGACGCUAAUAAUUUUUCUAAACUCUUUUGCCUCAUCAGUUUCCAUUAAAGCUGCCUUCGCAUUUCAUCGUAACUAUGUGGAUUCCCACUCCAUUUUUCGUACGAUUAAUGGCGACGACCAAUAAAAGGGUUAAAUUCAUUAUCUAUGUCUCUUAAUGCUCUCUUGGCAAGCAUUGUCACGGCGAAAUGGCCUCAAUACAAAAAUAACUGAUAUAAAGCUUUAAACUAUACACGAAAGAGUUUUAAUGACAUAACAGAAGUAGUUCACAAUAUUGGAGAAAUGCAGUGGUUUCCAGGCUUCGGCUAACGUUAUUCUCAGUUCAAUACAGCUUUAAAUUUCUUCUUGGCAAGAAGAAAAUUUGAUCCUUUCCCAUAACCCUGAAAACGAGUUCAUAAAGCCAACCACUUAGUCGAAAAAUACUGUUACCGUCGAAUUUGUUCUGAAAAUUUGCUAUAUAACCGACAAUUGUUGGAGUCCGCUUUUGGAUCAGCAAUGCGAGAAAUUUAAAAAAAUAAACAAACAUUUUAAUGCAUGCAGCAAAGAUUAAAAACACCUGAGUAUUGCAAGGAUUUAAUUCAUUCAUUCCGAAUAAUGGAAUAUAUACAUUCCGAUUUCAUAAAUAUAUCCAAAUGAGCAUAAUAUAUAUAUUUGUAUAGCAAGGUUGUCUAAUGAAUGCAACACUUAGUCAGAUAUAAAAGUUAUAUGGUCAAAAAUGUACAAUAUAUGAUGAAAGAAAAUACACUUUUAUAUUUAAAUCCUCUUUUACACAAAUGCAAACAAUGAAAGAGUAAUUAGGAAACAAGGAUUAGGAUUUAACAUAAUAUAGGAAAAUUAGUAGAAGUAAUGGUUAUUAGACUAACCAUUUGUGAAAAUAUAUUGAUGUCUUUUCCCAAGAAUGCUACUAAUAAAGAAAUUUCAUUACAUUCCUAACGCUUUAAUGAAAUAACUAUGAAAUGUAUGAUUUGAAUACAUAUUUUUAAGUAUGAUAUUUGUGCGAUAUGUAAAACAAACGUUUGAUGAGACCUAUGUUGGAAAAUGCAGCUCUCUUAUGUGUGGAAAUUAUCCUUGUACAUUAAAUAACGAAAACACUAAUUCAUUGCAGAGCUUAACUGAAGGGUGGAGUCCAGGUAAUGAAAUUUCCCUUUCUUUUGGAAUUUAAGGUAAUUUAAGUAUAUCGCAAGGUCAAAAUGCAUAUUGUAACUAGAAGUGUAAACGACCAUUGUCUAUAAUUUCAUUAGAAAUUCCCGAAUUUACUUCAGGUGCAUUGCCUAGUAAGACAAUAUUUUCAGUUACAAACUCUCAAACUGAAUUAUUUCUAAAAAUGCAGAAAACUACCGCUGACGGAAAUAGAUUAUUUAAGUAUACAUUUUGGAAGUAUAAAAAGUGUUCCAAAAAUGAAAUUAAACUAUUGAAAGCUAUUUUAGCAACGAUUAUAAUACCUUUUUUUAACGAUAUUCCUUUUAAAGUAGCAACUUAUUUCCUUGUUGAAAUAAAAAUUGAAAUUAAGGAUGAGUACUUAUUGUUCGUUAACAUUAACCUUGGAAUAGCUUUAAAAAUCGUAAUUUUUAGAUAAAUAAUAAAAUGUAUUUCAGUAUUUUCUUUGGGCUUAAAAAAAUAAAAUACAUUAUAGUAUUCUGAAAGAAAUAAAAUUUUCAAAUAAAUGUCAAAAAGUAUUUACAUAUCAUUGUUCAUUUAUAUUUUGCUGCUUAACCACUGUGAUACGGAAGGCAUUUCACAUAAACAACGAAAAGGUGAAGAACAAUUUAUACUAUAAGUAAAUUAGCUUAACGCUUUUCUCUCUCGAUGCUGUCGAUCAAAAAUGGGAUAGAGCUUAGGCGGAUACUCCUUGUGUUAUCUGCCAUAAACAACAUUAUCAAAACUUAUAUUUUAAACAGCACAAAUAAUAGGACUGAUUACUUCCUCUCCUUGCCACCAACGACCUUAAUAAUAAUUGAGUUGCUAAUUACAAGCGACCUCAACAAAUAAAAGUGCUCAAGUUAGGAAUAUUUCUCACUUCAAGUGAACUCUUAUUUUAAUGAUUGAAUUAGAAUUUAAAAUUAAGAACCCACAAAAUGUUAUGCCCGUAAGUUUUAUUUAAAAUAUAAUUUAUGAUUGAGAGCGAUACCUUCGGUUAAUUAAGAUUACCAAUGACACAUGUAUAAAGCACACUACGCAGUACAACUAUGCAGUUGAAAAUCUGAUAUCCCGGUAACACAGUCUUGUAUCAAAUACCUUGCUGUAGUCUGGAAACUACUGAAAUUGAUGGUUUAAUUCUAAGAAUAUCAUACUAGAAUACACUAAAGAGAUUUUAUAAUGAAUAAAGAUAGACUAAUAAUACACUAAAUUUUUUUAUGAAAUUUAACUCUUUCCUCUACGAUUGAGAAUAACUCUUAAUAAAGUCAAAAUAGAAAUGUGACCACUGUUUCCACUGAAGUGUACAAGAUUACGGCAGCGUGUAAAGAAUAAAAAAUUAAUUGUAGAUGGUAACUGAAGCAAAUUCUGCCAGAUGUUCUCUAUGAUAACGAAAGAAAUUAAUUAAACGGGAGUAAAUUUGUCACUGGAGCAAACUUAGCAAUACGAAUUUUUGCUAUGUAUAAAUGCAUUAAACGCAAUUCUAAUUAACCAUGAUAUACACCUUUGAUUAUAAAAUGAGAUUUCAUACAAUUGUAAAGGUAUCUAUCUACAUUGUCAUUCAAGUGAUCUGUAUAAGGCUGGUUUAAUAUUUUGAAAUUAAUCGUAGGUAGCAAAUGCAAUUAUCUAAUGUGUUUCUGAAUUCGCUAAACUGUUUAAUCUGAAAUCAAAAACAGAUAUACCUUUCUAACUUUGCUCUUAAACCUUCAGCUACGUUAAGAAAUUAUUGUUUAAGGAUACACUUGCAGAAUUUACGAUUUAAGGAUGGAGAAAAUGGAACACUUUCUUUACAAAUAAAUCAAUAUUUCAUAUAAUAAUAUAUCAAUAUUUUAAACUCUCUUAAUUUCUCCAAUGUUCUUCACUGCAAUUUUGAAAUUUAAGGAAUUUUGAAAAUGCAUCCAAAUAUAUAUGUGGUAUUUUUACUCUUUUUUUUGGGGGGGGGUGGGGGGGAGUACGCUUUUCUCCAGAAUUUACCAAAAAUAUCACACAGACUUUUGUAAGACUUAUCAUAAAUCACAGGUAUGAGCAUUAGCGCAAUGAAACCUUUAAAUACUGAUAAAUUUGUAAGAUAAAUAGUGUCGGAAAACUGACGGAUCCUUAAAGCUGUUGAAUGCAUGCAAUUCGUUUAAAGAUUUUAAAUUUCCUUGAUUAAAUUUUGAGCUUUUGAGAAAAACUUAUAAAUUCUACAGCUGCCUGUUAAUAAUGUAAAAAGUUACUAAUAUUCUGUUUUUAAACUGAAGUGUACAGUAGUAGGGGGCUAAAACUUCCACUUGAACAGAAAGGCUAUCGUAACUUUGAACAUUAAAGACUUCUUGGAUAAAGGUUGACAGACUACUAAUACAUCCACAUUAGAAUAGCGAUUUUGGUGCUUUUUUUUUUUUUUUUCAAGCAUAGAACAUAGUACAAUAAUAUAUUCUUCAUAUAGAUAAAUAUACAGAUUGUAGUAAACCGCGCCUGAUCUGUAGUUUUAGACGUAACACAAGACUGUUAAAACAACCUAUCUCUAAGCAAUCUUACUGUUCUCAAAACCAAAGAGUUACAUCUAUUUCAUUGCAAUACCUAGUGAUAAGUUAUUAAUGCAUACAUACACAUUCUUCACUCAUUAUCACAAUGUAUUCACCAGAGUCUAUUUUUCGACGGUUGUGUGACGGAUCAAGCUGAGAAUAAUCCAUAAUCAUACACUAAAUUGUAAAGAAAAAUUAGAUUAAAAAGUAGCCUGGUAGAAGUUAGAUAUUAGUUGUAAUUUCACAAGCAGUGUUCUCCACCUGUGAAUGUCUGAAGACAAGUGUGAUCUUACAACUGAUCAAAAUGCAUUGCACGGUAAUAUGCAUAUACAUAACUUAAAUAUAUAAAUGAUGUGAAAUUAUAAUACAAAAGACACAUUAGUAGAGCAACUAAAAAUUAUUAUCUGCGAUAGUCGAAUCGAUUGAAAAACACGUAACGGAAGCUUGAUCCAGUGCAGCCGUGGAUUGCCUGCUUUGAUUUAAAACUUUACGUGUUUCAGGAUCAAAUGCGGUGUUCUAAAAGUAAAUAAAAUAAAUUAUAGAGUGAGGUUAUUUGCAUCGUACUUUCAGUGCUUAUCAUUUUCACUUUUAAAGCUUUUGAACUAAAAACUUCACAAAAUCCCAACGAGUUUUCGCGGAAUCAAUGGGCAUUCGACCAUCAGAAUUGCAAAAGCAGAUAUCUAAGUAGUGCAAUAUCUACUGAAAUAAAAGCGAAUUGCAUUCAAUGGCCUUAUGACCAAUGCGCGAAAACGCGAAUUCCAUCUUCUUCAUACCACACUAACGGCAUACGCUAUUUCUUGUCGAUAGCAGCUUAGGCAAGGAAUAGAGAGCAGACACACAUUUUUUUUUUAAAGUUGAAACAGUGCACAUUCCCAUUCUACAACCAACUUUGCCAUAAAAGAGAUAGAAAACACGCUACAUAGCCCUAAAGACUGCAAAGAAGUCAAAGACGAAAUCCACGAAAAGUGAACAAAGGCAAGAAAAAUGAAGAAAAAUAUGCUUCAGUAGCAUCUUAAAUCGGACAUGUACAUAGAAUAAAAUUAAAGCUUUAUGCAUGACUUGUUAUACAUUUUUCUCCUUUUUGCAAAUGUAAACUAAUUUUUUGACAAAUGCAAAUAUGUGGGCGUAUGCUCUAUAUACUGUACAGUGUAUACAGUUGUUAUUGUUCAUUAUGCAUCAUAUUAUUGAAUAAUUAAUAAAUACUCAUACAUCAGCCA